AUGGAGACUGCUGGGUAUGAGUCCGACACGGCAGCAUUGCUGGAAAAUAUUGCAGACUACCUGGCUCCAUACUCGCAUUAUACGCUGAUCCAGAUGGUCUGGCGAGACUUUCUCAUACCCGCCGCAGUUGAAGGUGAUGAUGAAGAGCUCAUCAACCACGGUGGACAUCUUAUGCUCAUGUUACAAGGUGAAGAACCGCAAGUAUACCCACAUUAUACGCUCAAAGCUUUGAUCACCGAUCAAGACCCAUAUGAUGAGGAGAACUACGCUUCCGAUAGCGAACUCUUUGACGCAGCGUAUACCAAUAUCGAUCCUCAAGGCCCUGGAUGGGAUGAGCAGUAG